AUGGGGAAGGUGCCAUUGGUAGUGCUGGACAAGUUGCCCAGCCAGAGUCAACAGCGCGAGGAGAUGACGGUACCGGCCACCUCAACACCAAAGGCUGAGAUGAACGAGAGCUUGAAGCUCCUGGCCAUGCAGGUUGCUCAGCUCUCAAAGGAGCUUAGCCUCUGCCGUAAGGAGCUCCAGGGAAGUUUGAUGAAAAAUGCGGCGCUUGAACGGGAGCUCGAAACGCUAAGCGCCACUGGCGCUAGUAAGCCCAUUGCGCAGCCAAAAGCUGCAUCAGCGACACCGGCUCCGGAGCUCGAGUUGCUCAGAGCAACCAUCCAACGCCUCGAGGAGCAGAAUAUCGCUAUGAAGGAGCAAAACGCAAAACUCCUGGAGCAGAUAACCGGCAUGUGCCAACUGCUGCAGGAGGAAAAAGAGGAGGCAAAGCGCCGUGAGGAGAAGCUCGAGGCGCAGAUCGAGAAGUUAGCCGCCGCACAUCAACGCGACCGAGAUGUGCUCAACUCUCUGUUGGCGGCAAAGGUUGGCGGCGGACAACCGUCAUCUAGUCCGCGUCAACCACCAACUCCGUUGCCGCGCCGAUCCUCUGCGCAACAGCAGCAGCAGCAACAACAACAGCAGCGGAAUCAGCACGAGCAGGAGCAGCCCCGCGCGUCGACGUCGCGCGUAGUCAUGCCGCCGCACAGCGAGGCAUCGACAGCCGUCCGCGAAGACGCUGUGCCGGAACUGACCUACAGCGAGGUCGUGCGGCGUAGAUAUCGCGGCAAAGCUACGGGUAAGCCACGCUCCCAGCAGCAGCCGCAACAGCAGCAGCAGCAGCAUCAGCUACAGCGACAGGCAGUCGGUAUCGCGCAGCAUCAACAGCAGCAGCAGCAACGUCAGCCACAGCGACAGGCGGUCGCUGGCUCGCAGCAGCAACAGCAGGAGCGUAUGCAGCAGCAGCAGCAGCUACAGCGUAAGCGAAAGCCGAGGCCUGACAUCAUCGAGGUGUCUCCCAGUGAAGGCGAAACCUGGGAUGGCAUCUACGAGAAGGUGCGCAAAGCCAUUCGUCUGGACGCGGCUCACAGCGAAAUGAAAGGGCAUAUUAAGCGGGGCCGCCGAACUCAUGCUAGGCUGCUACGUAUGGAGCUGAGCAAGACGGCAAACGCUCCGCUUAUGCUGGAAGGCGUCCGCAAAAUCAUCGGCGACGCAGGCGUCAGUCGGCUUGUCACAGAAAUGGGUGAGCUGCUGGUAGUCGAUAUCGAUCCCCUUGCUACGGAGGAAGAUAUCAUUGCUGCCCUCGAUGCUAAGAUUGGCGCAAGUGCUGGAGUUGUUUCUGCCAGCAUUUGGGAACUACCGGAUGGUUCGAAGCGAGCACGCAUCCGGCUACCUGUGAAGUCGGCUCGGCAGUUGGAAGGACUUAAACUGUUCCUGUGCGACUGUGUGAGCAAGGUUCGAGCAGCCCCACCAACGCCUCCAGAGCGACAGCGCUGUUUCCGCUGUCUGGAGAUGGGCCACAUCGCCUCGAACUGCCGUUCCACCGCAGAUCGGCAGAAUCUGUGCAUCCGCUGUGGGCUUACCGGACACAAAGCACGAUCCUGCCAGAAUGAGGCAAAGUGCGCACUGUGCGGUGGCGCUCACCACAUAGGCCACAGCGAAUGUGCUCGUUCGGCCCAACGAUGUUCCCGGCCCUGAAAGUUCUGCAGGCGAACCUGGGCCAUGGCCGUGAUGCCCAGAACCUGGUGCUGCAAGCUGCCAGAGAGGAGAAAGCAGACGUGCUCAUUCUCUCUGAUGUUCUGCGCCC